UACGUACGAACCGUUGCGGGGCAGCGGGGCGUGUAGCAGAAGGAAAAGCAUAAGGAUCUGUCCAAACCUGUUUUGAUCCACGACUAUUAUGUAGAAAAGCUGAUAUUGGGUACAUAUUUCUAAGAUUUGAUCAAGAUUUGGGCAUUCUUUCGAAUGGUCGCCUUUGAUGGUCAGACUUAGUCCAGCUCGGUGGAUUUGAUAUGCCUGAACGGAAUUGAAUUUGGCUCCCUUCCACAAUGAGCAAGACAACACAGUCUUUUCUCCGGGACAGACCCAUGCCCCAAUCAGUUUUCCCUUAUACGUCUGCUCCUCACAAAGAACUACCUCAAAAUGAUUCCCUUCGACAAGACAUCCUGCAUGUUCUCAACCAUGGGUAUGUGAUUCUGCGGAAUCAAUUCAGCUCCCAGACGGCGGCUCAAGCCAAGGCCGAGAUUGCGCGGUUGAGCGGCGGGGACCCAGAGAGAGGCAGAAAUCCAUUUGAAGGGCUGAACACGAAUCGGAUAUACAGUCUUCUGAACAAGAGCAGGGAGUUCGACCAGUAUGUCACGUUUAAGAGGGUGCUAGAACUGAAUGAUUAUUUCCUCGAGCCGGGGUACUGUUUGAGCGCAAUGCAUACCAUACAGAUCAAUCCCGGAGAGGUUGCGCAGGAUUUCCAUCAUGACGAUGCGUUUGCGCCCAUUCCGCGUCCUCGCCCUCCUCUCGGAUCCGCUAUAAUUGUAGCUUUCGACGACUUCACCGCCACCAAUGGUGCCACACGCAUCGUCCCGGGCUCCCACCUGUGGCCGUCCGGAGUCCGACCCACAGACGACCAGGCGCAGCCGGCAGUAUGUCCUGCAGGAAGCGUCGUUUACUUCAUCAGCACGACUUGGCAUUCAGGUGGGAGGAACGAGAGUACAAGACCACGAAUGAGUAUGACCGUACAGUAUUGCCAGCCAUAUAUGCGCCAGAUUGAGAACCAAUACCUUGCCGUGGAUCCCAGGAAACUUGACGAGAUACCACCUCGCAUCGUUGAACUGAUGGGCUACAAGACUUUUGCUGGGUUUAUCGGAUACGCCGACGGAUUGAAUCCCCGUGAAGCGGCGAGGAGGAUGGUAGCGUGGCAGCAGAAGCCCGUGAACAGGCAGCCCCCAACUUUUGCGCAUCAUCGCGACAGUAAGAUGUGAGAGUCCAAAUUGCUGUGCAAACGGAUGAGGUCAAUUUGCAAUCUGAGAAG